GCCUCACACUCACCGUCUUUUCAGCUGCCUUUCUCUGCAUCUCUCCUCCAUCGACCCAUUCUUUUACCCUAGCCCUAGUACCACAAAAUCUUCCUCUCUCCCUUUCAUCUUCUUCUCUCGGCCAAUUCAUUCUUUGCCUAGCUAGCUUGGAUAUUAAUCGAUCGAUAUCGAUCCUAGCCUAGCUUGUUUUCAGUCUUACUGUCUCUAUAUAUUCAUGGCGGCCAGAUCAGAUUGUGCACCGAUAUUUCUUUAGUAUAAUCCAUCCACUUGCGUGGUAGCUAGCUCUCGACCUCCUUUUUCCUUCAAUAUUUGAUCUCAAUCCAAUCCCGUUUUCGCUCCCCGUUCCCGUUCUGCUGCAAACCCUUCUCCUCUCCUCCCAGCUGCAGCUCAUCAGCUCUCUCUGCAUGUGCUGCUGCUAGCUGAGGAAGGGGAACAAGAAGAAGAUCCAAGUGUAAUCAACAGCCAGCCAAGAACUACCUUUGAUGCAUGCAGAUGAACUAGCUAGCCUUUUGGCAGAGCAGAUAAUGAGUUAGGCCUAAAAGCAGAUCAGAAAGAUCAAGAGAAGAAGAUACAUAGCAGCUGGAGACAAAAGUCCAUCCCUGUCUCCUAGCUAUCUCUGCUACAUAUAUAGAUCUCUGGAUUUCGGCAAGGUUUCAUCACAUAUCUCUCACCAAGAUUUCGAUCCAAACAAAGUCAUUAAAUAAAGGUACAAAUAUUUAUUGUCAGCAGGAAUAUAUAGAAUAUAUAGUUUGGACUACAUCCUCUGUCGGCGCGCGUCGAUCUAUUGACCGCGAACUGUAGGAAAGGCUCCGACAGUAUCGCGCAUCAAUCGACAUGAGUAACAGUACACAGCAGCAGCAGGUUCCUCCAGGUUUUCGGUUCCACCCGACCGAUGAGGAGCUUGUGGAUUACUACCUCCGCAAGAAGGUGGCCUCGAGAAGGAUUGACCUAAAUGUCAUCAAAGAUGUUGAUCUCUACAAGAUUGAACCAUGGGAUCUCCAAGAGAAAUGUAGGAUAGGUCCUGAGGAGGAGCAGAGCGAUUGGUACUUCUUCAGCCACAAGGACAAGAAAUACCCAACAGGGACUCGGACAAACCGGGCAACCGCGGCGGGGUUCUGGAAGGCGACGGGGAGAGACAAGCCCAUCUAUGCAAAGCACUGCUUGGUUGGCAUGAGGAAGACCCUCGUCUACUACAAAGGCAGGGCUCCCAAUGGCCACAAGUCCGACUGGAUCAUGCACGAGUACCGCCUCGAGACCAACGAGAAUGGCCCUCCACAGGAAGAAGGUUGGGUAGUAUGCAGGGUGUUCAAGAAGAGAUUACCGGCAACAAGAAGGGAUCUGGACCAUGAUGCACCCUGCUGGUAUGUCGAUGACGAUGGGCCCUUCAUGCAUGACCUCAACGCUCCGACGAUGAACGGAAUAAUGCCCCCUCACCACAGCAUGGCGGCGCUGCAAGAACAACACCUCCAGAUGCUCAACAACACCUACAAGAGGGAACUGAAGCUACAAUUCCAAAUGCCAAACCAUCAUCAUCACGAUGUCCUCAGCACCAUUAUUCCUCAUGACCUAGAGACAUCUUCCUUCCAUUCUCUUUUGGUAUCGCCCGAUGAUCACCAAGUCAAUGCCCACCACCAUGUUCAACUUAUCGAUCAUGCAGCUGUCGACCAAUCCACUACUGACUGGAGAGUCCUGGACAAGUUUGUUGCAUCCCAGCUUAGUAAUGAUGCGACCAAGGGUGUAGAUUAUACUGAUGGAGGCAUUCUUCAGCUCAACGAGAAGCAAGAGGGGGCAACUGAUUAUGCGUCCACCUCGACAUCAAGCAGUCAAGUUGAUCCAUGGAAGUGACGAUGCCCUUAAUCAAAUAUAGUAUCUCAUACAUAAUUAUUAUCUUAAGGAGCUAUAAUAAUAAGGAUGAUGAUGAUCAUCAUGUGAUAUCAAUUAUUGGACAGAUAAGUAAUUUGAUUUACAUAGUACCAUGUAAAUAUAAGACUGUAAUAUGAUGUGUGUAGUACUGUACGCUGCUUACGUGUUUCAGUGCGUUGUACUAAAUAUAAUGAUCACCGUGUUGCUACAUAUA